AAGAUGAUCCGUCAACAAGAAAAAAACAAAAUAAAAAAGCUAAGAUGACAAUUAAUUAGUAUUAUGAAUAUAUAUACACAAACUUGAGCUUAUAUAUGUUCCUAGCAGAAUCUCUAGCAAGCUCAUUGCAUCUCCAUUUCUUUCCUCUUGAAGCUAAGGCAUUAUUUUCUUCGAUUUCAAAGCAAACAUCAAUAAUGGCGGAUAAUGAGAAGAAGGAAUAUCCAAUCAAAACAGUAGUGGUUUUGGUUAUGGAGAAUCGAUCCUUUGAUCACAUGUUGGGAUGGAUGAAGCCACUCAACCCAGAAAUCGACGGUUUAACGGGUCAGGAGUCCAACCCGUUGAACACUUCGGAUCCUAACUCGGCUCGUGUCAAGUUUGGGGAUGGCUCCGUUUUUGUGGAUCCAAAUCCUGGUCAUUCUUACCAAGAUAUCUAUGAGCAGUUAUAUGGAGAACCAUGGAGCCAAGAAUCUGUGAACAAAAAACUACCAGUAACAAUGCAAGGGUUUGCCCAGAAUGCAAACCGGGUCCAAAGCGGGAUGGCUGACACGGUAAUGAACGGGUUCAAACCAGAUUUGGUACCAGUUUACAAGGAACUAGUAUCCCAAUUUGCAGUAUGUGAUAGAUGGUUUGCUUCAAUACCUGCAUCCACACAACCAAACAGGAUGUUCGUCCACUCAGCAACGUCACACGGCUUAUACGGAAAUGACAGCAAGAAGUUAAAUGCAGGGAUGCCUCAGAAAACUAUUUUUGAUUCUUUGGAUGAAGCUGGUCAUAGCUUUGGUAUUUACUAUCAAUCUGCUCCAUCCACUCUUUAUUACAAGAACCUUAGGAAAUUGAAAUAUGCAACAAAGUUUCACCCUUUUGAUCUGAGCUUCAAGCGUGACUGCAAGAAGGGGAAGCUACCAAACUAUGUGGUGAUCGAGCCAAGAUAUUUCGAUUUGCUAGCAUUGCCAGGAAAUGAUGAUCAUCCAUCUCAUGAUGUUUCAACAGGUCAAAAGUUUGUCAAGGAAGUUUAUGAAUCAUUAAGGGCUAGUCCUCAAUGGAAUGAGAUGUUGUUCAUGGUUGUAUAUGAUGAGCAUGGUGGGUUUUAUGAUCAUGUACCUACUCCUGUCGAAGGUGUGCCUAACCCUGAUGGUCUUGUGGGUCCUGGUCCAUACAGUUUCAAUUUUGAUCGCCUUGGUGUUCGUGUUCCUGCCAUCUUCAUCUCUCCUUGGAUUGAUCCAGGAACAGUGUUACACACUCCUUCAGGGCCACAACCAACAUCUCAGUACGAGCAUUCCUCAAUCCCAGCAACUGUUAAGAAGUUUUUCAACUUGAAAGACUUCCUUACCAAACGAGAUGCAUGGGCUGGCACUUUCGAAGUUGUCUUAAACAGGACUUCUCCAAGAACUGACUGUCCAGUUACCCUGCCUGAACCAAUGAGACUGAGAGACUUUGACGCAAAUGAGGACAGGAAACUAUCAGAUUUCCAAGAAGAAUUGGUGCAGUUAGCAGCAAGCUUAAAAGGAGAUCUUAAGAUCAAAGACAAGCCUAUAGAGGGAAUGACUGUUGCUCGUGCUGCUGAGUAUAGCAAUGAGGCCUUCAAAGUUUUCAUGGAUGAGUGCGCCAAAGCUAAGGAGAAUGGCGCUGCUGAGGACUCUGUGGUUGUUGUUGAAACCACUGAACAAGAACAACAACAAGAAAUCAUCACUAGCAAACACAAUCCGGAACCCAAAUCUUUCGUUCAAAGGUUGUUCUCUUGCUCUGGUUGGUGAUGAAUCACACUUUGUAGCAUUCACAAAUUAUCAUCUAUUUAUGUUUACAAAUUGUCUAGUCAAUGUUUUGAAUUGACUUCAUAAACACUUGCUUAUUAAAAACAUAUUAUGUUUGUAAAUACUUGUAGGGACGCUGCCCUCCUUUGCGUUUCAAUUUCUUUUAACGAGAGACAUUGAUUGUUUCAAGUA